GGAAAACGGGUCGUGGAGAGAACGCGGGGGGAGGGAGACUGAGGAGGACGGCAAUCGGAGAGGGGAGAGUGCAUCUCUGGACUUGCAUCUUCUGAAGACUGAGCCAGACACAGACAGAAAUCAUGGCCAAUCUCACAACCAUCAUGCACCCAAGUGACCUCCCCUGGCACCUGGAGGCCGCCCCCCUGGCACAUGUGGCUAAGCAGGUUCAGGAAGUCUACCCAUUUCAUGAUGGCUGGAAUGUGGCCUGUUUCAUCGUCCUCCUCCUCUUCAUCCUCACCGUGUUGUCACUAGCUGCUUUAGCCGUGCUCUACGAGUUACUGGACUGUGGAUGCUGUGCCAAAGGGAAGACGCAUUGUCAGCUACAGGAGGAGGAAACUGGAGGCUUCAGCAGGAUAAUAAGCGGCCUUUGUAAGACCCAGGAAUCCCACACUGAGGUGGUAUAGGGAGAGUAGGGAAAAAGAGGAGAACUAGGGGUUUCGACAGAGCUGGGCAACAGCACGGCUCUGAACCUGAUCCCUUAACAACUGAACUUAAAACUGCAUAACAGUGGUGCAGUUGGUUACAGUUUAAAUGAUGUAGAGGGGCAGAGACUAUAUGUUUCUUUACAGAUUUCAAAGUCAUUCUAAAACAACAGAGCUGAAUUCCACGCGUCAUCAUUGAACACCACUGGACACUGCGGACACUUUAAGCCAUCUUUUACACAACAAUUCUUAU